AUCGAAGGCCCCACAGCCAACGGAGCCCAUUUUCCACGCAUCUAGCGGCAAAGGCUGAGCGGACCACAGGGGCUGCCGUGGACCCUGACGCAGAGGAUCGCGCGGUCGGCAAAGCGUCGCGCUUUUUUGCUAUUGACCCACCACCCUCAAAUUCUCCCUAUCUCCACUUUUUCUCUUUCCCACUUCUAAGCAAUUUUCUAUUCUCUCUCUGGGAAAUAUUCUCUUGACGGAAAAGAGUGCAAGUUUAGAAACCAAAGGAAGGAGAUUUUCUUGAGGCGACCAAGAAAGAGGCAAUCCCAGAAAUCUUCUUGGGCAGCAUCAUUGGAUCCAGCGCGUGCCUCGAAGCGUCCAUCAUUGCGAUCCGCGGUGUGAAAAAAGUUGGGAGGGAAUCAAAUUCACUUGUUUUUGUUUUGCCCAAGAGCUUUUGGAGGGGCAGCGGCAAACUUUUUGUUCGCACACGCUUUCUUUCCCGACAUAAUCGGUCUCGUUUUGGGAGGUAAAGAGUUUACUGAGUUUUUGAGUUUUUCAACCUCGGUGUUGAGAAUCCAUCUUGAAACUAGACUGUAAGACCUCACUUAUUUGCGAAAGUCAUCUUUCUGAUGAUGUGAUGCUUUCGCAAUGUUGUGAGAGUGCGUAGCUGAAAGAGGACGGUGCCGUGUUUCUUGUGCUUUAUGCGGGGGUGUCAUUGGCACCUCUUAAUCCAUGGGGGAUUGGGUAAUUGGAGCUUUCAUUAACCUCUUCGGCAGCAUUGCCAUCAACUUUGGAACGAACCUCCUUAAAUUAGGUCAUAAUGAGAGAGAAAGGCAGUCCGUGCAAGAUGUGGAUGGUGCAAAUGGCAAGCUUCCUUUAAAACCUAUUAUAUACUUCCACACUUGGAGAGUUGGCAUAUUAUUUUUCUUCCUGGGGAAUUGCCUGAAUUUUAUUUCCUUUGGAUAUGCUGCCCAGUCACUCCUUGCAGCUUUGGGAUCAGUUCAGUUCGUCUCCAACAUCGCUUUCGCAUACUUUGUGUUGAACAAAAUGGUUACCGUCAAGGUUUUGGUUGCAACAGCAUUCAUAGUCCUUGGAAAUGUCUUUCUGGUUGCGUUUGGUAACCAUCAAUCACCUGUAUAUACGCCCGAGCAAUUGGCUGAAAAAUACAGCAACAUCACAUUCCUUUUUUACUGUCUGAUUUUGAUGCUCAUCGUUGCCUUGCAUCAUGCAGUCUACAGGAGAGGAGAGCUUCUUGUUGCAGUUGCAGGACAGGAGCUGAGACCAUACUGGCAUAUGCUCCUUCCUUUUUCAUAUGCUAUAGUUUCAGGUGCCGUAGGCUCAUGCUCUGUGUUAUUCGCAAAAUCUCUGUCUAACUUGCUCAGACUGGCAAUGUCUAGCAGCUAUCAGUUGCACAGCUGGUUCACAUACUCAAUGCUGCUUCUGUUUCUCAGUACUGCUGGAUUUUGGAUGACAAGGUUGAAUGAGGGAUUGUCAUUGUUUGAUGCAAUUCUGAUCGUUCCCAUGUUUCAAAUUGCUUGGACAUUCUUUUCCAUUUGUACAGGAUUUGUUUACUUUCAGGAAUAUCAGGUGUUUGAUGCACUGAGGACAACAAUGUUCAUACUGGGAAUGACGGCCGUUUUCGUAGGGAUUUCUUUGCUGGCCCCCGAUGAGUCAAGAGGCGGUGAAGUGAAAGAUAAUCCAUCCUUAGCGUCUGUGACAUCUUCAGGCAUCUCAAGUGAAGCGGACAGAUUGAUCGCGCCAUACGGAGAUGGACACAGUAAAGAGACGAGAUCGUUCAUGCAAGAAUUCACCUUCAGGAUUACGGACAUAUUAGUGAGGGCGAAGAAUGCUUGCUCGGUUUCACUAGGAUUCACGGACGUUUCGAUCAACGCAUCCGCCGUGCUCGUAAUGCCCAUGGUGUCUUCAAAGAUCACGGGCUUUAGAAGCACUGGUUUCGACCGGUCAAAGGUUUUCUCCAUGAAGAACUUCGGGUGGAGCAGGAUCUCGCUCGACGAGGAGGGCGCGAAAAUGAUGGACACGGCUGUGGUGCUCGCAUAGAUUCUUUUCAAACUCUUGUAGCAUAUCAUCGAUUCGAACAUCCACGAAGUAGGGAUUGUUUAGAUUACACGUAUUUAGGGAUUGUUUUGGUUUUUAGAGGGGGG